AUGGUCUCACAAACAUACUCUGUUGAUGUUGGACUUUUGAAUAAAUGGAAAAGAAAUCGAGCUACAUUACAAAAGUUGACUGAAAAAUCAGAUCUAAAAAAUGAAAAGAAAAACAGAUCAGUUAACAACGAUUCAGAUGAUGCACUCUACAAUUGGAGAAUAAGGGCACGUAGUGUAGAAAUAUGUAUUUCAGGUCCGAUUUUAUGUGCUGAAGCUUUAGCUUUCAAUAAAGAAAUUGGUGGAAAUAAUAAAUUCAAAGCAAGUUCUGGUUUGAAUCGUCAACAAGUUUUUAAUUCUGAUGAAACAGGCCUCGUUUAUAAAGAUAUGCCAGAAAAAACAAUUGCAAGUAAUAAUGAAGUUCAAGUCUCAGGCUCCAAAAAAAAAAAAGAAAAAGUUAGUGUUCGAUUUUGUUAUAAUGCCAAUGGAUCUAUGAAGAUGCUAUUACUCGUUAUAGGAAAGUCUAAAAAUCCACGCAAGCUGAAGAGUCUACAAAAAUCGAAACUUCCUGUUAUAUACGAUCAUCAAAAUAAUGCAUGGAUGGACAAGCGAAUAUUUCGAGAUUAG